CGUUUCUCCCCGCACAGUGGAGGGAACCUCUUCUGAGAGGAAAGGAGGAGAAUAAAAGAGCUUCGCUGUUUUUUUCCCCCCGGCACAUUGAGUUGGAGAUGCAGAGCUGCGCCAAGUCCUGGAGGGUCUUUGUGGCCAAAUCGGUGCAUCCGAGCGCACCGUGCAGGCAUCUAAGCGACAGGAGCCGCGUGGUUUGGAAACUUCAGAGCAGGAUCCGGCUGCAGCGCAGCUCAGCGUCCCUAACAACAGCAGCGGCAGCAGGAGCAGGAGCCCGGUGUCUGCGGACGUCUGCAGCUGCCUCCUCCAGGCAGAUCGAGCGUAUUUUACCCCGGCACGAUGACUUUGCAGAGAGGCACAUUGGUCCAGGUGAGAGGGAGAAGAGAGAAAUGCUGGAUGUUUUGGGACUCGAGUCAGUCGCCCAGUUGAUCGAAAACACAGUUCCAUCCUCCAUCCGUAUUCAGCGCAGUUUGAAGAUGGAUGAUCCAAUCUGUGAAAAUGAGGUUCUGGAGGCUUUGCAGAAGAUUGCCUCAAAGAAUAAAGUUUGGAGGUCCUACAUCGGCAUGGGUUACUACAACUGCUCAGUGCCGCCACCCAUCCAGCGUAAUCUUCUGGAGAAUGCUGGCUGGGUGACUCAGUACACGCCUUACCAGCCGGAGGUCUCUCAGGGCCGCCUGGAGUCCCUUCUCAAUUAUCAGACGAUGAUUUGUGACAUCACAGGCAUGCCUGUCGCCAACGCCUCCCUGCUGGAUGAGGGGACAGCGGCUGCAGAGGCCAUGCAGCUCUGCAACAGACAGAACAAAAGAAGAACGUUCUACAUUGACCCGCGCUGCCAUCCUCAGACCAUUGCAGUGGUGCAGACCAGAGCCAACUAUAUUGGAGUGAAAACUGUUCUGAAGCUGCCUCAUGAGAUGGACUUUAGUGGGAAGGAUGUAAGUGGUGUGCUCUUCCAGUAUCCAGACACUGAUGGCAGAGUGGAGGACUUCACUGCUCUCGUGGACAGAGCUCACAAGGGAGGGGCCAUGGCUUGCUGUGCCACUGACCUUCUUGCCCUCUGUGUUCUCCGCCCCCCCGGAGAGUUCGGAGUGGACAUUGCAUUGGGUAGCUCCCAGAGGUUUGGGGUCCCACUCUGCUAUGGCGGCCCACACGCCGCCUUCUUCGCCGUUAAGGACAACCUGGUUCGGAUGAUGCCUGGCAGAAUGGUUGGAGUCACCAGGGAUGCAGCAGGGAAGGAAGUGUAUCGUCUUGCACUGCAAACCAGAGAGCAACACAUCCGCAGAGACAAGGCGACUAGCAACAUUUGCACCGCACAAGCUCUGCUUGCAAACAUGGCAGCCAUGUAUGCCCUCUACCAUGGCUCUCAAGGACUUAAACAUAUUGCUGAGAGGACACAUAAUGCUGCUCUGAUCCUUGCUGAAGGUCUGAAGAGAGCGGGUCAUCGGCUGCACAGCGACAUGUUUUUUGAUACCCUGAAGGUAAACUGUAGCGUGGCUGCCAAAGACAUCCUGGAGAGAGCCGUGCAGAGGCAGAUAAACCUGCGCGUCUACUCCGAAGGAGUGCUGGGUGUCUCUUUGGAUGAAACGGUGACUGAAAGGGACUUGGAUGACUUGCUCUGGGUCUUUGGUUGUGAAUCUUCAGCUGAAUUGAUUGCUGAAAAGAUGGGUGAGAGAGUGAAGGGAAUCAUGGGAAGUCCUUUUAAGAGGACGAGCAAGUUCCUCACUCACCAAGUCUUCAACAGCUAUCACUCUGAGACAAACAUAGUUCGAUACAUGAAGAGGCUGGAAAACAAAGACAUUUCCUUGGUGCACAGCAUGAUACCACUUGGCUCCUGCACUAUGAAGCUCAACAGUUCGUCUGAACUCAUGCCAAUCACCUGGAGGGAGUUUGCCAACGUCCACCCCUUCGUGCCUCUGGAUCAGGCUGAGGGGUACCAGAAACUUUUCCGGCAGCUGGAGAGGGAUCUCUGUGAGCUGACGGGUUACGAUAAGAUCUCCUUCCAGCCAAACAGCGGCGCUCAGGGGGAGUACGCCGGCCUGGCUGCCAUAAAGGCCUACCUGAACUCAAAGGGAGAAGACUCCAGGAGUGUCUGCCUCAUUCCAAAAUCCGCUCAUGGCACCAACCCAGCGAGCGCUCAGAUGGCGGGCAUGAAGGUUCAGGUGGUCGAGGUGGACAAAGACGGCAACAUCGACCUGGCGCACCUCAAAACCCUGGUGGACAAACACAAGGCGAGCCUGGCGGCCAUGAUGAUCACGUACCCGUCCACAUUUGGAGUGUUUGAGGAAAAUAUCCGAGACGUUUGCGAUCUCAUCCAUGAAAAUGGCGGACAGGUGUAUCUGGACGGCGCCAACAUGAACGCUCAGGUGGGUUUGUGUCGCCCCGGAGAUUACGGCUCUGAUGUUUCUCACCUGAACCUGCAUAAAACCUUCUGCAUCCCUCACGGCGGCGGAGGACCGGGCAUGGGGCCCAUCGGAGUGAAGGCACACCUCGCCCCCUUCCUCCCCAGCCACCCGGUGGUCGCCAUGCAUUCGGUCAACAGCAGCAGCUCUCUGGGGACCAUCAGCGCCGCGCCGUGGGGCUCCAGCGCCAUUCUUCCAAUCUCGUGGGCUUACAUCAAGAUGAUGGGGUCAAAAGGUUUGACUCAUGCUACAGAAGUUGCCAUCCUCAAUGCCAACUACAUGGCUAAGAGGGUGGAAGGUCACUAUAAAAUCCUCUUUAGAGGCAGGAAAGGUUUUGUUGCUCACGAGUUUAUUCUGGAUGUGAGGCCAUUCAAGAAGACCGCAAAUAUCGAGGCUGUCGAUUUGGCCAAGAGGCUGCAGGACUACGGUUUUCAUGCACCGACCAUGUCAUGGCCGGUCGCUGGGACGCUCAUGAUCGAACCCACUGAGUCGGAGGACAAGGCUGAGAUGGACCGGUUCUGUGACGCGCUGCUCGCUAUCCGACAGGAGAUCGCAGACAUCGAAGAGGGAAGGAUGGACUCUCGCAUCAACCCACUCAAGAUGGCUCCUCACUCUCUGGCAUGCAUCUCCUCCUCAAACUGGGACCGGCCGUACUCCAGGGAGUACGCCGCUUUCCCACUGCCCUUCAUAAGACCCGAGACCAAAUUCUGGCCAACCAUUUCCAGGAUUGACGACAUCUACGGCGACCAGAACCUUGUGUGCACCUGCCCACCGAUGGAGGUCUACGAGUCUCCGUACGAGGAGAAGCGGGCCUCUUCGUAGACGCAGUCCACAGCGCCGUCUCCAAGUCCAGCCGUAGAGGACGAUACUAAAAACUCAGACUUCCAGCUGCCGUGAUCUGAUGAUGCGACACCUAAUGAUUGAAAGACCGGAUGUGUUGUUGUUUUAAGGAAGUGUUGAGUUUUAGCAGAUUGAGGUAAAUUCCUUCUAACCAAACACGAACCGGUUCAGAUCGAGAACGGAUCAGAGAUCUGUUGUAAACUUAAAGGCGGACGCUGGGCUAAGGCGCUGUAGGACUGCACCAGCGUUGGGUCAGGCUCGUUCCAACUUGGACUUUUCAAACGGACCAAAGGGUGCAGCUUUUUGCUUUCCAAUCUCUGAAAACAGCUGCGCUCACCCCAGAAAAUACCCCAGAAAAUACCCCGUCUCACGACAAACCUUUGAUAUCUUUUGAUCUCCAACAUUUAAAAAAUGCUCCCCCUUUGCCUUUUUUUUUUUUUUUUUUUUUUUUUUUUCUAUGAAAUGGAAAAUUUUCCUUCAGAUUCCUAAGAGCUUUUGGAGAUUUAGAUUUUGUAGGUUUUUAUUAAUAUGCAUCUGUGUUUGUGAGCUGUUCUUGAAUGUGUUGUGGUGAUGUCAACCUUGUAGAAGAAUCAUUUUCUAAUCUAAAUAGUUUUCUAUGUUGUAUUAAACAUUUUUGUCGUAAAAUGGUUACAUGUUUUGAAAUAUGAUGAUGACCUAACCUUG